AUGACAUUACUUAAUUGUCUGGUUCUGGAAAAGCCAUUCAGAAAUAUAAUCUCUAUUAAAAUUAAAGAAAACGAAAUAAUUGGUGAACUUAAAAGACAUAUUAAAGCUGAAAAGAUUACUUUGAAACUGUUGGUGCAAGUGACUUCAGAUUAUGGCACAAAUACCUGUAUAGGAAGCAGUAAUACAAUUCCUUCUUUUGAUCUUUCUGAUAGCAAUGAAAUAUUAUCAUAUUUUCAAAUCAAAGAUAUUUGGAAAGAAGAUCCUCCCAAAUUCAAUCUUUACAUAAUUAUUAAAAUCGAAGUUGUUGCCCUCAACUGUAUAAUUUCUGGAUAUCCUUCUGAUACGUAUUACCCGAUUGAAAUUUCUAUAGAAAGAAAUGUUGGUAAACUUAAGUCUAUAAUCAAAAAACGAUGGAAACCUUGUAAUAACCGAAAAUAUAAUAAAAUAGAAUAA